GAACGUGUCACUAUUUCGCGCGCGCACACGCUUUCUAUCGCACGUCGGUCUCGCGGACACAGGAAGCGGAACCGGAGCAGAACCGAAUCGGAACCGAAUUGUCGCCCUCCUGUCAGUUCGACGUUUUCACGUUUUGUCCGACAACCUCCGUGUUGAACCCAAAUAUGUCUACCAUCGCCUGCUGGCAAACGGAUCCGGUUAUAAUACACGACCAACCUAGAAAAGGUUCCAUUCUAUAGCCAACGGGAUCCCGAGGACUUGAUUACAGUCGCUCUAAGCCUGAGAGUUUGCGUUAGUGCGGCCGCCCGCCCUUCCAUUCGCUCGACGCUCGCUGGUCCCCUGGCAUCACCUCUGCCAACUGCUCAGGAGGGGAAGGAAAGACCUGGUUGUUGGAGACAGUUUCUACAAGGAUUACACAAUUUCUGAUUAGGCGUACCAUCCAACAUUUGCAAAAAUGAUCCCGAACGGAUAUUUGAUCUUCGAGGACGAGACGUUCCUGGAUUCCACAGUCGCCAAGAUGAACGCCCUUAGGAAAAGUGGACAGUUCUGUGACGUCAGACUGCAGGUGUGCGGUCACGAGCUGAUGGCACACCGUGCAGUGCUGGCUUGCUGCAGCCCGUACCUGUUUGAGAUCUUUAACAGUGACCUGGAGCCUCACGGCAUCUCCCAUGUGAAGUUUGAGGAUCUGAACCACGAGGCUGUGGAGAUCCUUCUCAAUUACGCCUAUACUGCUCAAUUGAAAGCAGAUAAGGAGUUGGUUAAGGAGGUUUACACUGCAGCCAAACGUCUUAAGAUGGAAAGAGUGAAACAGAUUUGUGGAGAAUACCUGCUUUCUAAGAUGGAUUCCCAGAACGCCAUUUCCUAUCGCAGCUUCGCCAGCAGCAUGAGGGACACUCGUCUGCUCGCCAAGAUCGAUUGCUUCAUCCAGGAACAUCUUUUGGAGAUCUCUGAGCAGGAAAAUUUUCUCAAACUGCCGCGCCUGAAGUUGGAGGUGAUGCUCGAGGACCACCUGAGCUUGCCCAGCAAUGGGAAGCUGUACUCAAAGGUGAUCAAUUGGGUGCAGCGCAGCCUGUGGGAGAACGGGGAGCCGCUAGAGAGACUGAUGGAAGAGGUGCAAACGCUGUACUAUUCGGCCGAUCACAAGCUGCUCGAUGGGGGCCUGCUUGAGGGCCAGGCCGAGAUGUUUGGCGCUGAGGAUGACCGCAUUCAGUUUGUGCAGAAAAAGACCCCGCGAGAGAACGUUCACAGGCAGCUGAGCAACAGCUCUUCCGGCAGCCUGUCGCCCGGUUCGGCCAAACAGGAGUGGAAGUACAUCGCCUCAGAGAAGACCACCAACAGCACGUACUUGUGCUUGGCGGUGCUCAACGGCGUGCUGUGCGUCAUCUUCCUGCACGGCCGGAGCAGUCCCCAGGCCUCACCCUCUGCCACGCCCUGCCUGCAGAAAAGUUUGAGUUUUGAGGCUCCACCCCUGGAGGAGGAUCAGGAGCGGGUGAUGGCGCCCAUGCACUACGCCCGCUCUGGUCUUGGCACCGCCGCACUGAACGGCCGACUGAUCGCUGCGGGUGGUUAUAACCGUGAGGAGUGCCUGAGGACUGUGGAAUGUUACGACCUGAAGACCGACAGCUGGAAUUUCAUCGCGCCAAUGAGGACACCUCGGGCCCGCUUUCAGAUGGCUGUGCUUAUGGGUCAGCUGUAUGUGAUGGGUGGCUCUAACGGUCACUCGGAUGAACUGAGCUGUGGGGAGAUGUACAAUCCAAAUUCGGACGAGUGGACCCAAGUGCCAGAGCUCCGGACCAACCGCUGCAAUGCAGGCGUCUGUUCUCUCAACAACAAGCUCUACGUUGUUGGUGGAUCCGACCCCUGCGGACAGAAAGGUCUGAAGAACUGUGACACUUUUGACCCCGUGACCAAGGAGUGGACCAGCUGUGCCCUUUUAAACAUCAGGAGGCACCAGGCAGCCGUUUGCGAGUUGGACGGUUAUAUGUACGUGAUCGGAGGAGCAGAGUCCUGGAACUGUCUGAACAGCGUGGAGCGGUACAAUCCCGAGAACAACACCUGGACCCUGGUUGCGCCCAUGAACGUGGCUCGGAGGGGUGCCGGCGUGGGCAUCUAUGCAGGAAAGCUGUUCGUCGUGGGGGGCUUUGACGGCUCCCACGCCCUGCGCUGCGUAGAAGUUUACGACCCGGCCCGCAACGAGUGGAGGAUGCUGGGGAGCAUGAACUCGGCACGCAGCAACGCCGGCGUGGCCGUGCUCAACAACCUCAUCUUUGCGGUGGGCGGAUUCGAUGGCAACGAGUUCCUCAACACGGUCGAAAUGUACAACCCGGAGCUAGACGAGUGGAGCACGUCUGCCGAGGCUUUCAACAGUGCCUGAUAGACGUGAUCGAGCGUGGGGGGGGGGUGUUGGAGUGUUGCUGGGGAAGGUCUCUCUCAAACUAACAGGCUUAGUGAUGUAAUCGUGCUUCGUGAUGUAUAUGUUAAUUGGGGGGAGGGGGAAGGGGUGGGGCUUUGGAAUUUGUGUAGGUUAUUGGGGAAGACGUGGUCUUCAGUGAAGACUAGAGAUCAGGAGGGUGGGGGUAAGUUCAGGGAUGGGGGAGAGGGCAGAAAACAACUUGUGCUGUAUAUAUUGUUUUAAAUUUUUCCUUCUUUCAUUAUUUUUUUUUUAUAAUUUGCAGAGAUUGCCAAUCUUUACUGCAUCAUACAUUUGAUUGUAACAAAUGGAUCUAGUGGAUAUUUAAGUUUUGAGGGGAAAAGAAUUUACCAG